AUGGUGUUUGAGAAAAGUCUGACAGAUCUUAUUCGCUGUCUUAGAGCAAAUAAGAAUCAAGAAAAAUAUAUUCAGAAAGCGAUUAUGGAGUGUCAAAAUGAAGUAAAAUCUUUGGAUCUUAAUAUAAAAACUAUGGCAAUCUUGAAAUUAUCAUAUCUAGUCAUGUUUGGUCAUGAUAUGUCAUGGGCAUCGUUUAAUAUUAUAGAAGUUAUGUCUUCUACAAACUUUUUUCAGAAAAGAAUUGGUUAUAUGGCUUCUUGUCUAACGUUCCGUCAAGAUACUGAUGUUCUAGUUUUAAGUACAAAUCUUAUUAAAAAAGAUCUUACUUCUUCUAAUUAUAUGGAUAUUGCAAUUGCGAUUAAUGCUUUGUCAGAAGUGGUUACUCCAGAACUUUCUAGAGAUUUAUUGUAUGAUUUAUGCUCUUUGAUGAAUCAUUCCAGUCCAUAUAUUAGGAAGAGAGUUGUUUUAAUGAUGUAUAAGGUAUUUUUACAAUAUCCUGAUGCAUUGAGAAGUAUAUUUUCGAAACUUUGUGAAAAAUUAGAAGAUUCAAAUAAGUCUGUUAUAUGUGCUACUAUUAAUGUUAUAUGUGAACUUUCCUUUAGGAAUCCUAAAAAUUAUUUACAAUUAGUACCUAUUUUCUAUAAUUUACUAAAAACAUCUUCUGACGGUUGGGUACUUAUUAAAUUGGUUAAAAUAUUUUCGUCUAUGAUACCUUUAGAACCAAGACUAGUCAAAAAACUUAUACCUGUUUUGACAACACUUAUACAAGAUACAUCGUCUAUGUCCCUUAGAUAUGAAUGUAUAAAUAUUAUGAUAUCUGGAAAAUUUUUAGAAGAUAAUCCUGAAUCUGAUUUGUUAACUGCUUUGUGUAUGUCUAAACUGAGGUCUUUUUUUGAAGUUUCGGACCAAAAUUUGAAAUACGUUGGAUUGUUGGCUUUAUCUAAACUCGUGAUUACUCAUCCUACGUUAGUAUUAGGAUUUAAGGAUAUUAUUUUAGAAUGUUUUGAAAACAAUGAUAUGGAUAUACGGUUACGUUCCUUGGAUUUGGUAGGAUAUCUAGUUAAUAAGGAUAAUCUUUCUCAAAUUGUAAAAUAUUUAAUGUCUCAAUUAUUGCUGCCAUUUGAUUCAUUGCCAAAGUAUUAUCGUGUUAGUCUAGUAAAUAGGAUUAUAUCAAUUUCAUCUAAAGACUCUUAUGCUAAUAUUUUGGAUUUUAAUUGGUAUAUAUCAGUGUUAACUAGUUUGGUAAAAAUUUCAAAGGUGAAUGUAGCCGAAAUACUAGGUGUUGAAAUGCAAAACGUAAGUGUUAGAGUUAAAAAUGCAAGGCCAUAUUCCAUAAAGCAUUUUUCUAUUCUUCUUUAUGAUUCAGAGUUGAUUGAUAGUAUUUAUGAUCCUGAAAGUAAUAUUGGUGUUUUGUCUUUUGUUGCUUGGAUAGUAGGUGAAUAUUCAAGUCUGUUGGAUUCUUAUUAUGAAAUUUUUGAAAGUAUGCUUCUUCCUAAAGUUUUAACUUUUUCUACAAAUAUACAAAAAAUUUAUAUUCAAGCUAUACCAAAAAUUUUUGUUAGUUGGAUUUUUAAGCAAGAUGUAUAUUGGAAUAUGGAAAAAAAGACUGAAUCUUUGGUUUGGAUUCAAAAGAUUAUUUCUUUUUUAGAUAUGUUUUGUACUUCUAAAGAUUUAGAAGUUUCACAGCGUGCAAUAGAAUUUAGAGAAGUUUUUAGGAUUGUACAAUCUAUUAUUGAAUCCGACGACUCUGUUUCAAGUUUUGAUGAUAUGGAUAAGUCUUUAUGUUUAAAUCAAUUUUCUAAUACAUCACAUUUAAUAUCCUUUUUUUUUAAUAAUAUUUUAUUAGCAAUGUUUUUGGAUGACCUUAAUCCAGUUGCGCCAAAGGCACAAAGAAAAAUUCCAGUUGUAGAUCUAGAUCUAGAAAAUUGGAUAUAUCCUCCAGUUCGGAAAAAUAUAGAAGAUUCUUUAAAUGGCUUUUCUUAUGGAUUUUUAUAUCUUCAAGAUAAAAAAGAAAAGUUUUUUAAUGAUUCAUUUUAUAUUUCUGGAAACACUAUAUCAACUUGUCAGUCUUUUUCCCAGGAAGAUAUGAAUGAGCCUAAUAAUAUUCCAAUUGUCAAGUUAGAAAUACAUGAUACUUUGAUGGAAAAAAAAGGAAAAUAUAAGUUGGAAAAUGUUGAGGGAAAUACUGUUUUAAAAUCGAUAGAGAUUAUUCCUGAUGAAGUACCGGAAAAUGUAAUAAUAUCGGAUAGUGAAAGCGAAAAGAUAAAUUAUUUAUAUAAUAAUAAAUCUUCGAAAAGUGUUCUUCAAAUAGAUACGACAGCUUUGCAAAAAUUCAAUAUAGAUGAAGAUGAAAAUAAUCUUGAACUUUUAAAUAAAAUUGAAGAAAUCAAGAAGACAUUAAAACACUCAAAGGCUUGUAAAAAAGAGAGGAAAAAUAAAUGUAAAAAAAGCUAUAAAGAAAAAAUGACAAGUUAA